CCCGGUCCCGGCCGCCCGGCCGCCGGGAGGGGGCCGCGCUGGGGGUCCCCGGCCGGCACCCGCCCCGCGCCGCGCUCACCCCCGAGAGGAUGCUGCUUCCAACUUGGAUCGGGGAGGAGGAAAACGGAGAGAAAAGGAAAGGGGAAGAAGCGGCGCGGCCACGUCUCGCGGUGGCCGCCGGCUGCGCAGGAGCGAGGCGGGAGGCGAGGUGA